CCAACACCUUUACUGGACCCGACGGUGCUGCACUUCAAUUACGCAGACGGACCAUGUUCGGGUCUCUAGCGCAUACCACUAAUCGAAUCUCUUUUUAAGUUUGCUGUGUGAUUUGCCCAUGCGAACAAACAGUUGACGCCGUCUCAAUUACGUUCCUCCUGUUCACUCUUUUCGAACUUGAGAGUCCCUCUGCCGCGUCUGGCCACUUCUACCCUGACAAUGAUUUGAUGACCUUCUCAAAAUGUCCGACAUCGAGGACUACGCGUACUCUCCCUAUGAUGACCUCGACGACAUCUUGUACGACGCAGAUCCUGCCCCAGAGUUAGCAGACGACCUCGCAGGUCAUGCCGUCCCUAGUCCUGUUUAUCAGGAUGAGAUUGCUGGAUAUGAGCUUCAAGACUAUUUCAGUGACUGGGAAUACUACUCUGAUGAUUACAUGGACGAUGAUCCGGCGCUCCUCAAGAAAAAUCCCCAGGAUGGCAGUAAUCCUAAAAAGUCUCGAAAAGCCAAGGACGAGGCGAAAGUCGGAAAGAGAGGGAUGAAAAGGAAGUUUACGGAGACAUUGAACGUUCAACCGGCUGAUGAGGAAUUGUUGAUCCGGAACAUAAAGGGAACUUUGUGGGCGACGCCUCCACAACCAAGAACACCACCAUAUAACAAAGGUCACGAAGUCAAAGUUGCACUUAUGAAGAAUUGGAAGGAGCUGUUUGCAAUCACAGAUGAUGGCUGGGGUCGAAGUACUGGCGAGGCUGAGGAGGAUGAAUCCUGGGCCAAGGACAUGAGUCUGGCGGAUAUGGGUUUGCAGAAUAUGCAGGGAAUGUCACGGGAUCACAAUGUUGAGCAGGACAAUUCUGAGGCCGAGGAGGAGGAGGAGGAAGAGGAUGAUGCUGAUGCCGAUCUUGAAGAGGAAAGAACGGAAGCCGCUGAAGUUGAUGAAGGCGACGAGAUUGAUGUUGUCCCGGAAAUGGAGCCAAAACCACCACCCAGUGAAACAGAGUCAGCUGCAUAUGCCGAGGGACUUGUCGAUGAGGAAGAUCUUCCUCGAAAGCGACGUCGACUGAGUGCCGACCUCUCAAAAUCUUCGGCUUCACCUGGCGCUGCUAUUGUACAAGUGGCCGACUCCCAUGCUAGGUCAGCAACGCCAGGCUCACACACCCUAAGUAGCGCCACGGACAAGAACACGAGAGGCCCAGUGGAGCAGAGCGUGUCCGAGCAAAUCAUAAACUCAACAGCAAAUGGUUCAACUUCCACCACAAACAGGAAAAGGAAAGCAACGGAAGAACCAGAGGAAAGCGGUUUGUCUAGGUCUACCGCGAGCAGUCGUGCAAAACGAAUUGCAUCGACAGAGUCGAGGACUACCGCAAAUGUGAUGGAUACCACUCGUCGGACUCGCAACUCGAAGAAAUGAUUUGGUUCUAUGGUGACCAGGAUACCUGACCGGGAGAUAGGUAUUCACUACCUAUCCACUGCACAACCUGGGACAGGUGCGAGCUUCUUUGACGAGACCAUGAUGACUAUUAGCUGGAGGACUAUUGGGUAGACAGGCUUGAAAUCCAUAAAUGUAGUUGAGUUGACAGAUGCGCCAGAAGCCAUCGUCAUCAUUCAUGGUGAAGGAGGCCAUCAAUCUCUUA